UCUCUGUCUACAAGGUCACUUCCGAUAAUUCACAUAUCCAGCGGCAGAUACCAUCAUCAAAGGUGAACGGCUUUAGAAAGCAGAAAGAAACCAUACCUCACACUCUUUCAAGUUACAACUGCUUUGGAUUCAUGGCUUCUUUCUAUUUCUCACUGUCGAUCUAUUGACUCAACAAGCAAAACCCAAAUCAUUCUCACCAACAAUUCAAUUCAGGAAAAAGUUAUCUUUUUUAAAAUAAUUCCAGAAGAUAAUGCAAGAAUCUGUAGAUGACCCAGAAACAGAUGAUGAAGUAGUAAGGCUUAAGCUUAUCUUCAAUAAUGGCAAACUCUAAGUUCAGUCUUCUCAUCAUCGCCAUUAUCUUCGUCUUCUCCACUGGAAUUUUCAGAUUUUCAUUAGCUAAAUCGCUUCCACAAGCGGUGGCUCAGAUAAAGCAGCAAAAGCAAGACCAAGACAGCGAGCCGUUUGUGGGUUUUAACGUAGGCACAGAUGUUUCCAAUGUCUUGUCGCCGAAAGACCUUGUUUCGUUUCUGCAAACUCAGAAAAUCACCCAUGUCCGCCUGUAUGAUGCGGACCCAGACACACUCAAAGCCUUGGCUAAAACCAAGAUCCGAGUCAUUAUUAGCGUCCCCAAUAACCAGAUUCUUGCUAUUGGAUCCUCCAAUGCCACAGCAGCCUCCUGGAUUGGUCGCAAUGUUGUUGCAUAUUAUCCAGAAACGCUAAUCACUGCAAUUGCUGUAGGUGAUGAGUUGUUGACGACUAUACCCUCUUCAGCUCCUUUGCUUAUGCCUGCUAUAGAGUCGCUUUAUAGUGCUUUAGUUGCUGCAAACUUGCAUACCCAGAUCAAGAUUUCAACACCACAUGCAGCUUCCAUAAUGCUUGAUCCAUUUCCUCCAUCUCAGUCUUUCUUUAACCAGAGUUGGAACUCAGUUAUGCUUCCUUUGCUUCAAUUUUUGUCUAAAACUGGGUCUCCGUUGAUGAUGAAUCUUUAUCCUUACUAUGUUUUUAUGCAAAACAAAGGAGUGGUGCCCCUUGAUAAUUCUUUGUUCAAGCCCUUGACACCAUCUAAGGAAAUGGUUGAUCCUAAUACUUUGUUGCAUUACACUAAUGUUCUUGAUGCUAUGAUUGAUGCUGCAUAUUUUUCUAUGAAGAAUUUGAAUAUUACUGAUGUUGUGGUUCUUGUCACUGAGACUGGCUGGCCUUCAAGGGGUGAUUCAAAAGAGCCUUAUGCUACUAUUGACAAUGCAGACACAUAUAAUUCUAAUCUGAUUAAGCAUGUUCUUGAUCGUAGUGGGACUCCUUUUCAUCCAGAAGUCACUUCCAGUGUAUAUAUAUAUGAAUUGUUCAAUGAGGACUUGAGAUCGCCGCCAGUAUCAGAAGCAAAUUGGGGAUUGUUCUAUGGAAAUUCCACACCAGUUUAUUUGCUUCAUGUUUAUGGAAGUGGGACUUUUUUAGCUAAUGAUACAACGAACCAAACGUAUUGUAUUGCAAUGGAUGGUGUUGAUUCAAGGACAUUGCAGGCAGCAUUGGAUUGGGCAUGUGGACCAGGAAGGGCUAAUUGCAGUGAGAUACAGCCAGGGGAAGGUUGUUAUCAGCCCAACAGUGUGAAGUACCAUGCUUCUUAUGCAUUUGAUAGCUAUUACCAGAAGGAAGGGAAGGCUCCUGGAUCUUGUGAUUUCAAGGGUGUGGCCAUGAUCACCACUACUGACCCAAGUCAUGGAAGCUGUAUAUUUCCUGGAAGUAAGAAAGUAAGCAAUAAAACGAGAACAGUGGCGAACUUGACCCAAGAAAGCAGUGCUACACAUAGUUUAAGGUUCAUCAACUUCAAAAGCAGCAGAAUAGAUAAGGGUUUAAGUUCAUUUUUGGCUGUUGUUUUCUCUAUUUUGUUACACAUUCCUUUUGUUUAAGGUUGAUCAGCAUCAAAAGCAGUAGAAUAGAUAAGGGCUUAAGUUCCUUCUUGGCUGUUAUUUUGUCUAUUUUAUUACACAUUCCUUUGUAAACUGGUGUUGAGGUGCGAAAAUAAGACCAUUUUUUUGAGUUA